UAAGGAAACAUGGUUUUCUCCGAUGCAUAAAAAUUCCGUCCUUCAUCUAAAACCCUUCAAAAUCCUUCAGAAGAAAAACCACUCUCUGCGAUUGCCAAACUCGAACCGCUCAGCAUGAACUCCUUCAACAACACUGCGAAUUUUGACAACCUUCUCCUUCAAACUCUGAUGGGGAGGCUCCAAAUCCGGCACCCAAACAGCAACAACAAUCCCCUUAUCUCCCAAUCCCUCGAAGACCUUCUCUUCGAUGUCGCGAAUCUCUCCGACGACGACAACGAUGAGAACAAAACACAGCUCGCCAAAGAGGAAUCGAAGCUCGAGAAAGAGAUUAUUCGCAUCAUUCUCGCCGGAAAUUCCGAUUCCCUAAAACCCAAUUCUGGCCAAGCCGUCACGAUCGGCGAGCACCACAUAUGUGUGGGGUUUCACGAGGAGAAGGACUCGGGAUAUCGAGUUUGGGAAUGGCACGGCCACAUUAUGUUGUUUGAUGAAGAAAACGGGUACACGCCGGAGUAUAUAUAUGGGAAUUACUUUGAGAAUCUUCAGGGGAAGUUCUACCGUGAGUUACAUAAACCAAAGGAGGAAGAAGUGAAGGAAAACGAAGAGGAAGAAGAGGAGAAGGUGGGCGAAUUGGGUCUUCGGGAGCUGAUUAAUGGCGGUGAUUCGAGCGCCGGUCGUAUUCUUCAUCGUAAUGUCAACGCCAGUUCUCAAAGGUUUUAGUCAGCUGAGUUGCGGUCUUUCGAUCAGUAGAAGAAGUUCGGACAUCGAAGAAGAACGUUGCUAUGGACUACCAUUUUACAGAUUGCAGCUGGGUGUUCCUGCAGUUAGGACUCUGAACUUCAUGUGUAUUACGGGAAGUUAAGGAGAUCAGUAACAUUCACUCUGUUUGAUGAGUUUGUUCUUGAUCUUUGCUCUUUUCAGCUCACUUCUAUAGUUCUACUGUGUUGUUAUUUGGUCAUUUCUUUAUGGAUUCUUUGUCGGUCAACAAUUACUCUGACAUUUUCUUGCAAUAUGAUUAUGUUAUCCA